CUGCCAUCUAGUAAAGUAAAGUAAAGUCAGUUGAUGGCCGUAUGGAAAGUGGCUUUACCUUAAGCCCCACUGGUGCCAAUAAAACAAAACAAAACAGAACAGAAUACUCUACACGUUACAAAUGCUCAAGUAGUUGAAAAUGACUAGUCCUGUAGAAGUUGUAGCGGGUAGAGUCCAAGCUUAUUUAAAUCAGCCACUUGUUCCGAGAUGCAGAGAACUUUCUAGGCUUAUGGAUGAAUUAAGUACAGCAGAGUUGCAGCAUAUUUUUCCACUACUCAUACAUUCUUUAUUUGGAGUAUCAGAUAAUGUAGGAUGGGGUCUGCAUAAUGUAACUCUUAAAAGAAAUCCUCAGGAAUAUGAAGUUCUUUGUAAUUUUUUAAGCCCUCAAGGACCAAUUUUUUCUCUUUGUUACAAGUUACUUCCAGAUUGCUAUCUGAAAUAUAAUUUUCCAGUAUCAUAUUUACCAUCAAAGAUUCGCCAUAUGUUAGAAGAAGGACUCAUUCCUCCAUUUUAUUUGGAUAAACUCAAAGAUGAUCAUGUUGCUCGUUUAUCUACUGUUCUAGUUAUGAAUCCCUUUGAGUAUUACAUUUUUCAUUUUGCAUACCACCUUACAAAUCCAUGGUUGCAAAUCCAACAACAAGACAAUGCAUGGAUGAAUUGGGAAACUGUAUAUGUUGAACUGGCCAAUUGUUAUCUUUUCCAUUUUUUGCCAAGAGAUAAUUCACCAGUCUUACCGAUUAUUGGACCAUAUGUAAAAAAGACUCCACCUAGAAAAUUGAUGCAAUCUCCUGAAACUAAAAGACUACAAACUCCACGGCUUUUAAGAGCAACAAUAUUAUCUUCUAAUUCGAUGAAUCCUAAUUCAGGGAUUCCUCAGCAACAAUGUUUACCACAAGUAUGGCGAAGUGAAACAAUAAUUCAUGUUUUCCUUGACUUUUGGCUGGAAUAUACAGAAGAAGAACAGUUUUCUCCCAAUCGAAGUCCACAAAUCACUGGAUCUCUUCCUCGAAGGCAUAGUAUACAUUCUGGUGAACACAUUCGCCUUGUAAGAACUUUCAUUAAAACUUUACAUAAGUUUGCAAAUGGUUAUACAGGUGAUAAAAGUGCUAUGGAUGAAUUAAAAAGAGUAAUUCUUCCUUCUGUACAAGGAAAAAUUUAUACUUUCUUAAGAAAAGCCAUUUAUCAUUGGCCACUCGACAGCUCUUUUAGAUUGAUUUUAGAAGCUUGGUUGAGUUUUAUACAGCCUUGGAGAUAUGAUCAAGUAAUUCCUUAUACAAAAAAAAUUGAGGAUGAAGAACGGGGAAAAAUCCACGAUAUAGCCAGGUGGACACCUUUUAUAUCUAACAAUUUAUUAGCUUAUACAGCGAUUUUUCAACAACUUUUACCACGAUUUAUGAGAACAGAUCUCGUUGCUCCUAAAAAUGCUCAUAUGUUGUACAGAGUUACAAAGGUGUUUUCCCAGCCACAUAUUGCAAAAAUAUUAUUAGAAGUUGAAAGUUGCAUUGAUGAUUUUGCGUGUACACGAAAUCGUCAAACUAGUCAGUGGACUGGAAUAGUUCGACAACAAAUUCUUGAGUUAGAAGGACCAUCUUACCAAUAUGUUCCCAUGUUUUCUCCAACAACUGUCUCUCAAGUAAUAUCUUUUUUUAGUACAAUCAAGCAAGCACAUUUAACAGCAACUAGUCUAGUAGAAGCGUUAGAAAAAAGGAAGACUAGAAGAAGAUUUAUUAUGAUGCUUUGGGAAUUUUUCAAUGGUGACGAUUCUUCUUCAGAUGACAUUAGUCUAGAAGAAAGAAAAAGAGUACCAGUUUUCCUAGCCAAUGUUCAGCAACAGUUGGUAGACAUAUUUCAGAUAAAUGUCGAUAAUGUACCUCAUUCCACCGUGGUAGCAGAUCAAGAAUAUCAUGAAAGUAUUUUGUCGACAUCAUUUUGCAAUCAGUCUCAAAUGGAUCUGAGUUUGGACUCGAGUAGGCCAGGAGUUUUCGUACCUAUUCAAGACGGUCGACAAAACUGUCGAUACAUUGAGUAUAUGGGGGAUCCUGAAUUGCAACCAAUUCGAAGUUAUGAAAAUGCCUUAUUAGUUAGAUUGUUUUAUAAGUUAUGCAACUACUUUAAUACUAAGUACCAGCGGGAGAUGGCAGAAAUAUAUAGCAGAAGAGAUUUUUUGGGAAAAAUUACACGACAAAUCUUAAAGCCUCCGACCAAGGUUGUGCAAUUACCAAAACGCACGUCGAACGGAUUUUCAUCUGGAUAUGAGAAACGAUUGCCUCCGCAUAUAAGUCUUCGUUCCGCUGCAAGUUACCGUUUGAUGUCAGCGUUAGCUUUUGGAAUAUUUGUUUUUUGGCUUAUUGGAUAUGGCAUUUCCGCUUUUUUUGGUGUGUUAUUUUUUGCUUUGCUAUUCUAUAUAUUGAUCAAAGCCGUAUGUGAACCGUGGAUGCACAAUCCAACGACUGUUAGCACAACAAGAAAUCUAUCACAAGCAUUUCUUUUUCAAUAAAUGCUGUACAUGAAGCUUUUUGAUUUUCAAGACUUAAUCGGCUUUUCCUCGAGGCUGACGGUGCUUUUAUAUUGUAUUGUUUACAAUAACUUGAACCAUAAAAGUUGAUCAAAAAAAAUAUUGUUAUAGAACUAUAACAAGAAUGUUCAUGUAUAUAUUGAUAAUUAUUAUUGUAUUUGAAAAGUGAAAUUGCAUCGCCGACUUUUCUAGUAAAUUUAUUUUGAUAAAAUGUAGUUUUGGAAAAUAUUAUUUUGAUCUUUUUUAGAGAAACAAUUGAUAGUUAGUUAACAAUUACAGAUGAUAAAAUAUUAAUUAUAUACAGAGAUUAAAAAGUCAGGUGGUUUAAUAUUAAAGCGAAAAAGAUGACUGAUCCGAAAAAUCCUUUUCUUUAUUUUUGUAAAUCACUGUUUGAUAAUAAAAUCUUUG